GUCGGGUUCCGCGUGACCGUCGCAGGCACUGUGCGGUGGGGGGCUCGGCAUUCUGGGUGGGAGGUCGGACUGUGCAGGAGGAAACCGGAAGAAGCCCCUCCAGUUUAUCCUGAGUCGGAUUCUGGAAUGAAGACAGCGGAUCCUUAGCGGCUGCCCCAGCAAAUUUGAGAAUACUCUGUUAGGUAUAGAAUGGAGGAGUUGAGCUUUGCAACCGUGGAAGAUGCAGUACAGUACCAGCUAUUCUUAACACAUGAGCCAGAAGACCCCAAACAUCAUCAAGAAAUUCUUCAGCAAUACAUUGAAAAGAUACUGUCACGCUUUGCACCCAUAUUGGUUUCCUACCUCUGGCAAAAUCAGCCAUUUAAUCUAAAGUACAAAGCUGCCAAAGGAGAUAUUCCUGCUCAUAUUGCUGGUCUCACAAAAUUUGGGGAUAAUAUUGAAGAUGAAUGGUUUAUUGUAUACCUCAUAAAGGAGAUAACAAAGGAAUUCCCAGAAUUAGCAGCUAGAGUGGAUGACAACGAUGGUGAAUUCCUUUUAAUAGAAGCAGCUGAUUUUCUUCCCAAGUGGUUGAAUCCUGAAAACAGCAUCAAUCGGGUGUUUUUUCAUUGUGGACAUUUAUGCAUAAUUCCAUUGCCAAAGACCCCCGAAGAGAAGGCAUUUUUGCCUGCUACUAAUCCUACAAUUCCUCAGGCACUGAAGUUGCUAUCUUUUCAUUCUGGGGACUGUUUGGCUGCAAAAUCUAUUAGAGAAGCGAUAUCUAAGCGUAUCAGUGGGUAUCCUGAGAAAUUUCAGACUUUCCUUCACCGAGCUCACUGCUUUCUGCCAGCAGGCAUUGCAGUAGUACUGAAGCAACGUCCUGCAUUAGUGUCUGCAGCAGUCCAGGCUUUUUAUCUGCGAGAUCCAAUUGAUCUAAAAGCAUGUUGUGUUUUCCAAAUGUUCCCUCCAGAGACACGCAUAAUGACUUCAGUUACUUUUACUAGAUGUCUAUAUGCACAGUUGGUUCAGCAGACCUUUGUACCAGACAGACGGAGUGGCUACACGUUGCCUCCUCGUUCACAUCCUCAGUACAAAGCAUUUGAGCUAGGCAUGAAAUUGGCUCAUGGUUUUGAAAUUCUGUGCUCGAAGUGUAGUGCAUCUUCUCAUGAUUCCAAGAACCCUAUCUUGAAUCACCCACUUUGGGAUAACUUUCUCAACAGCCUCAAGAAAAACAAUUUUUUUAAGGGUGAGCUGGAAGGUUCUGCUCGGUAUCUGGACCAGUUGCAUCUCGCAGAAAAUUAUUUCCAACAGACUGUAAUCAGUCACCAAAGUUCAGUUGCUGAAAGUCCAGGAGAGGAAAUUAGGAACAUAUUAAAAGCAGCAUCUUUUGAUUUGGAAGAUUUGAGAAAAGAAGCAAACAGUCUUCCUCCAGAGGAUGAUGACAGCUGGUUGGAGGUCUCUCCAGACAUGCUAGAUCAGAUCCUUAAGGAGACAUCAGGUACAAGCAAGUCCACAUCUACGGUAAAAGAGGAACAGAACUAUGACUUGGCAGAAGUGGCUGAAAGCAUGAAGGCUUUUAUGUCUAAAGCCUCAUCAUAUGAAGGAGCAGAAAUGCCAUGGUCUUCUUCUGACUCCCAUGUCACUUUUGAUGUUGACUUAUUCUCAGAUGCCAUAGACAAAAUACUGGGAACAAAUUCAGAAGAGCUGGACUCAGAUGAUUUGGAAGAGGAAGAGGAGUUUGAAUUCCUAGAUAGCGAUGAAGAGUCUGAUCUAAAAUCUGAGUGUCAGGGAGAAACAUACUGCAAUACAACUGCUGGAAGUCUCAAAUCAUACAUGGAUGAAAUGGAUCAUGAACUGUCAUCCACCAAUAUUGGAAAAAGCUUUACCAAAGUGAUUGGUUCUGCUCAUGAAUCUUCAUCUCAAGACCCUAAGACUGGUAUUGAAGAUGGUGCAGAAGAUGCUGACUUGACAUCAGUAGAUAUAGAUUUGAACUUAGUGACUAAUUUGCUAGAAUCAUAUAAUGCUCAGGCUGGACUUGCAGGACCUGCCUCAAACAUUUUGCAGAGCAUGGGAGUACAUUUGCCUGAAAACACAGACAACAAACCUCACUAACAAUUCACUGAAGGAAUAAUCAGAUUUCCUAGUUCAAAGAUAUGUUGGUGGGUAUGAGAAGUCUCCCAAGAAGCAAUUCUUUCUUGGAAUAAAGAAUGAAAGAUUUUUAAUUCUCAAGAAAUCACUUUAAAUCCAUGCAAGUAGUUUUUUUUAGUCUCUCUUUUGAGAUGUUUUCUAGGUUGUAUGCAUACAGAGGUGUUAGUGUCAGAAAUUAAGAUGCCUUGAGAAAAUAGACUGUUGCAAAUACAUUUCUGUAAGUCCUAAUAUUCGCUAGACCACAAAACUAUGUUUCCUUACAGCAUUUUGUUUUGGUUUUUGUAAUUUAACAUGAAUUGGUGUUGGAAGGUCUCAGAGGACCAUUUGUGAUGAGUAUGUUUGGGAAGUUUGCCUAUAUUUCUCCUACUUCAUCCUGAAAGUGCAAAAACCUUGAAAUGUGGCUCUUUAAUAUGCAGUGAAGCCUCUUUGUGUUUCCAUACAAUUAGUCAUACCAGAUGGAAUAGAAAAAAGCUUUCUGCUUUUACUUCAGAUACAGAUGCAGUCAAACAAUUAAGGGAAAGUAAUGUUAGUCCAUUUAGCUGAUCAUUACUGAUAAAUCUUCUUUUAUGUUCUUUGUACUGGCAUAUUUUCUUUCUCUUUGAAUUUCAAAAGCUCAAAGCAAUUGCAGAGCAAUUGUUCUGGGACUAAACUGGCACACCAGCGUCUAGGCUGCCGUCAGUAGAUGGCUCAAGGAGCCACUGUAUGGUUUUCAGACCAGAUGUUGCUGAGUUAGAUCCAAGUUUGUCUUAAGCCUUAGUGCUGUCUUAAUACAUCUUGCAUCUUUCAAACAUCUUUUGUUUUCUCCAUCUCUAAUAUUAACAAGCUAAUUCUCUAUUUUGCCAGAGGAUGUUGUAAUCUUCCCAGAUUAUGAAAUAGAACGAGUAUUUUUUUAAAAAACUGACCUUGUGUGAAAAUAUAAAAACACCAAAGAACUUUACUAAGCCUUCCUUGAAGUUUACUUACUAGGACUUACUUGAAGUGUUUAUUCACUCAGUAUAUUGGAUUGGAUCCAACACUGCCAUUCCAUUUGAUCAGUGGGAUGGGAAGGAGGCAAUCUGCCCUCUCCCUCUGAAAAAGAAAAAAAGUAUCUUCUCUGGAAGGCUAAGAAAUCCUGCAGUUGGAUGGAAUGUCCAGUAGCACAUUGUUGUAUUGAAUCCAUUGCCCCAAAUAACUGAAGUAUUGGUUUUCCUUUUCUCCUUCAUUACGUGUUGCAUUGUUACUAAAAUUAUUUUUAAUUUAAUUUACUUUUGUUUGUCUGACACUCUUUCACGCACCGCUCAGUAGUAACAUGCAACUGUCUUAUGCAAAAACAGCUAAAAUUCAAAAUGAGAGAUUUCUAUUUUUUCUAACCUUUUGGUUCUUUGGCAGUUGUUGGAAGUAUUUUUUAAUCUUGAUACUGCUUUUCCAUACUCUCACAAAUGCUGCUAUUAACAUGUGCAUCAAAAAUGUAAUCCUAAACUCAUUAAGUUAUUGGUUUAUAACAGCAAACAACUCUUACUUGCACAAUAAACAUACAUGCUCGA